GAAUCCGGCGAUGCUGGGGGGGGGGGGGGGACGACGACAAGCCAAGAUGAGGAGGAAGAAGGGAGAGGAGAGAGGAGGCGCCAUUGACGAAGUGGAGGAGCUCCUGCGCGCAGCUCAGGACGACGUCCUCCUGAAGCUCUCCCUCAACUCCCACGUCGCCCGUUCCUCCUCCUCCGAUCUCGACCCCGAUCUCUCCCGCCGAUUCCACGCCCUCAGAUCUCGUCCCUCCGCCUCCGCCUCCGCCCCCGCCCCCGCCGCGCCGUCGCAGCCGCAGCCGCAGCCGCCGCCUCCUCCUCCUCCUCCGGCUUCUUCUUCGGCUUCGGCUUCGGCUUCUUCUUCUUCUUCGCCGUCUCCUCUUCAGGUCGAUGACGAGCUGAAGGCCGUUCUGGGCGAUGAUCUGUCCGCUCGGUUCGCCGCGCUCAGAGGAUCGCUGUAUCCUUCGUCUUCGUCUUCGUCUUCGUCUUCCGAUGCGGCUGCGGCUGCCGGCCCUAGCGCGGCGGCUGGCGGUCGCGAUCGGCGUGAGGCUGGUGAUCUGAAGAGCCACGGAGAGGAGGAUCGACCAAAGGAGGAGGAAGAUGAAGUGGAGAAGCUCAUUCAGUGGGCGGUGGACGCCGCUCGUCUCGAUCCUUCUCCGCCUUCGGAUGACGACGACGGUCCCGACGACGACAACGACGAUAGCAGCGACGACGACGACGACAGUGAUGACGAGAGCGAGCAGAAGAAGAACAGGCAGAAGAGUAAAUAGCGUCCUGUGCGGCCUGGCCUUGCGAGGAAUUAUUCUUGCGCAAUCGGCGAAUUGCGUUUUACUGCAAUCCCAGUUGUUCUUGAAGUCGAUGCGGACAUUUGCUUGGAGUUUGAAGACAGAACAAUGUACAUCUGCGCGUGAUAUAGGAAACGCGAUACGAUUGAUGAGGAGACACUUCAUGCGGCCUCAAACCUUUAAAGCUAUUGCCCUACCAAAUCCUCUUUUUCAGUAAUGGUUGUAGCAUCUGGAUGCGUGAAUGCCCUGCACCAGCGUCGAGCCGGUCAGAUUAUCUGCAAAUGCUCGAGAUGGUUGGAUGACAGCGAAACCACGAUAUAUCUCUUUGUGGUAGUGUGACUUACUUGUGAGGAACCGAUUUUGGACUUCGAACCUCUUUUACGCAUCGAAGGUAGAGAGCAUGGGGAUUCGUCUUCAAAAGAGUUUUUACAGUUUCCCUCUCUGAAUAGCCGAACCAUUCGAGGUGUGCAGUGCCGCGUGCCGUAUGCACGCGUCUCGACUUCGGCAAGCUCUCUCUAUUUGUGCACGUGCGUAUUUCAUUUUGGAAAAAAGGAAAAUGUUGAGAACAUCUCAAUUGUCUUUCUGGAUUCAGGUUCA